AUGAAGUCUUUCGUGUUUCAGAAUUACCCCGAAUACCUGAAAGACUUCCAGGCGUUACCGGAAUUCGACAUUUAUCUUAAAAAUGCCGAGUAUUUUGUUCUAGCAACAAUUUGUUUGAUUGUCCUCACUCUUGCAUUCUCAUUUUUUAUUCUUAUCAUUUCGGACAUUUUCAAAUUGAUGAGUUAUCUGAAACUUCAAAUCUCGUCAGUAAACUUUAAGAAACAUAAGGAAGCAGUUCGUAGUUUAUUUGUUCAAAGUACCACAUGCAUCCUCUGUUUAUCUCCAGUUUGUCUGAUUGCGGCAAUGGCUAUUUUCGAAUUUCGAUAUUCACAAUUUUUGGGUGAGUUGUGCAUCGCUUGGUUUGCAGCUCAAUCGUCAGUGAACACUGUUGCUCUAUUGAUAUUCUUUGCACCAUAUAGAGAAUUCGCUGCUCAAUAUAUUCCUGUGUGA